AAAAAUGAGUCAAAACCAAUUCCGCUCCAUGCCAGCUUCUGGGGGUAACAACAAUAAUAAUAGGAAUCAGAGCCGAAAUCAACAACAAUCGGCCAGCAGUAAUAAUAGUGGUCGUGCUCCUCCUUCACAAAAUACCAAACCUCCUCAACAAGGACAACAACAGCCAAAGAAGAAUAGUAAUACAACACCUGUCUCCUCCAAUAAUAAUAAUAACACUAAUCAACCUAAAAAGCCAAUUCAACAAACUCCACCAAAAGAAGCUGUAUCUCAAAAUACAACUUCUCAACAAGCAGCUUUUGACGAAGAUGCUGAAGGAUAUAAGCAAAUGGAAAACCUGGGUGUUAUUGUUGACGAACCAGAAAUUCAAUUAGUUGUAAAUACAAAAUCCAAGGGUAUUUGUAGCUAUUCUGUGCGUUAUCAAGACCAACAACAAUCAACAUCAACAGCUGAUAAGAUUGAACUUAUUCCUUCUGAAAAGCCAAUUAGCACACAAUCAUCUGACUUUUUAAUUUACUCAGAUGAUGGAGCAUACUUGGCCUAUCUUGAUAAGAUUGAUCCUUUCUCUCCAAAUGAUAAGAAAAUUUCAAGACUCUUUAUUUCGGACACAUUUACUGGAGAAAUGAAAUAUAUUCUUACUCAACCAAGAGAAGUUGCCAUCACAAAAGUGCACUUUUCACCUUGUAAUAGUUAUUUAAUUACAUUGGGAAAGUGGAAUGGAGAACCAAGCAGCGAGCAAGAUGAAAAUCUUUUAAAGUUUAACUUGAGAAUUUGGAAGUUAAAGCAAGAUACUACUAUAACAGAAAGUGGUGUUCCAUCUUUGAAUUUACCAAACUCUACUCUUAUUGAACUUAAUGAAAAGGAUCAUUUACUUAUGAAGUUUUCUCACAAACCAACAGAAAAUGGAUUAUGGCCUGUUAUUCAAUGGAAUGAAGAUGAAACUUUAAUGGCUUAUUUUGAUCCAUCUGAAGAAAGUGUCAUUUUCUAUAAUGUUGAAGAAACACCUGAAAAGAAAAUUAGUUUCCAACCAAGAAGUGAUAUUGUUAUCCAAAGAAAGGUUCACGCAUUUGCCCUUUCUCCAAAGAGUACUUUUGCUAUUUAUACUUAUAACACCAACAAGUCAACUGAACAAAACAGUGUUAGAUUGUACAAAUUACCAAAUGUUAAGCGUCCAACUGCCACCAAACAUUUUUCACAUGAUGUAGAUUCUGUUGAAAUGCGUUGGAAUAAGGUUGGUACUGCGUUACUUGUCUAUACCACAACAAAUACUGAUCAAAGCGACAAGAGUUACUAUGGUGAAAAUAAGCUUUAUUAUGUUAGAUCAAAUGGAAAUCUUUCUAAGGAUAUUCAAUUAACAGAAGAAGGACCUGUUCACGAUUUACAAUGGUCUCCAAGAGGUAAUGAGUUUGUUGCCAUUUAUGGUUAUUCUGGACCAAACAUGAGAGCAACUUUGUUUGACGCACAAUCUCAACCAAUCUUUGAAUUUUUACAACAACAAGAAAAUACAUCCAAUUGGAAAGUUAACAAGAUUUUCUACUCCCCUCAUGGUAGAUUUUUAGUUUUGGCUGGUUUUGGUGGUUUCACUGGUACCCUCCUCUUCUUUGAUAGAGAAAGAAAACGUUUAAUGGGUAUUAAUCAAGCUUCUGAACCAACCUUUGCUCAUUGGUCUCCAGACUCUAGAUUAUUUAUUGUUGGAACUCACUUCCCAAAGUUGCGUGUUGCUAACAAAUUCCAAAUUUACAAGUAUAAUGGCCAAUUAAUGUACAACCUUACUUUGCAAGAUGACUUUUUAUAUCAUGCAAUUAUUAGACCUGUUUCUUCAAAUAGAUACAAGAAUCGUCCACCUUCCCCAAGAGCUCUUAAUCAAGGUGUUGUUAAUGGAGCUUCAUCUACCUCAAAUACUAAGCCUUCUCAAUUCCAAUCUCAACCUGCAUCCGCUCAAAAGGUUUCUGCCUAUGUUCCUCCUCAUUUGAGAGGAAAAACAUCUGAUGUUCCACAUGGACCAACUUCAGGAAGUAAUUUCUCUCCACAACCAGCCUCAAAUGCCAAUGUUAAGACAGUUGUUGUGAAUAUCUUUUCUGGUAAGACUGAUCCUUUACCUAAUAAGAAUGCUCCACCACCUCCAAAUUAUGACAUGGUUAUUGAAAAGAAAAAGAAGAAGAGAGUCAGAAAACGAAAAAAGAAAAAGGGUACUGAAGAAAAUGCCUCAGGAGAUGCUCAAGGAGAAGAGGAUGCCAGUUCAGGCGAAGAAGAAGAAACCCAAUAAACCUCAAAUUUAAAUAACUGGAA